GAAAAUGUUUAAUUCCUUUCUCGUUAGCAUAUAGAUCAUCUUGAAGAUUUUUUUAAUUUAUUGAAUUAGUGGAUAUUGUGUGUUUUAAAUCUUUGCCAAUUACCCCAAGGGUUUUAUAAAUUGCUUAUGCAGAUCUGCUUAGUGGCAAAAUCCAAGAAUUAUACAAAGGCAAAGGGCUUUAGAAGUGCAAGAAACUUUGUUUUCCAGCAGAAGCUUUGUACCUAAGACAACUUCAACUUUUCCUGGAAAAUUUGGAUCUUGGGCAGCGUGGUUUUUGUUGAAGUCUAGCUUGGAUUUGAAGUUACGUUUUAAGCCUUUGAGACUAAUUCAUAUGGAGAACAAAGAGAGCAGCGGCUCCAGAGGUGCUUUAGUUGUUUUAGAAGGGCUGGACCGUUGUGGGAAGACAUCGCAAUCUGGGAGGCUAUACAAGUACUUGGAAGAGCAGGGACACUCAGUUGAAUCGUGGAGAUUUCCUGACAGAAACACAAGUGUUGGGCAAAUGAUUUCUUCUUAUCUUGCUAACCAAUCACAGUUGGACGACCAUGCAAUCCAUCUUCUCUUCAGUGCAAAUCGUUGGGAGAAGAGAUCAUUAAUGGAGGAAAAGAUGAAGAGUGGAACUACUCUCAUUGUUGACCGCUAUUCUUAUUCUGGGGUGGCAUUUUCAUCUGCUAAGGGACUUGAUAUUGGAUGGUGUAAGGCUCCAGAAAUAGGGUUGUUAGCUCCAGAUCUGGUUGUAUACCUCGACAUAUCACCUGAGAAAGCUGCUGAAAGAGGAGGUUAUGGAGAUGAAAGAUAUGAGCAGCUCGAGUUUCAGAAAAAGGUGGCUGGAUCUUAUUUGGCUCUUCGUGAUUCCUCGUGGAAGGUUAUCGAUGCAACCCUUUCUAUUGAAGAUAUAGAGAAAAAGCUCAGAGAAGUUGUUCUUGACUGUAUGACCACAUGCCACAAAGGGAAACCAUUAUCUCAGUUAUGGCCAUAUUAGGUCUAGUGUGCAGAAUAUCUGCAUGAAUGAUAUCUGUAACAUCUUUGUUACUUUGUAUUAUUGAGUUACAUUUUGUUGUAUAUUUUAUCUUCUACAAGAAUUCCUUGGAAGUGCUUCAUAUUUAUUGAAAAAGAAACAUAAUUUUCUUUUCUCUUC